ACUGUAUCCUGCGGAAUCUGUUCAUUGUGCUAAAACCAGCUCAACUCUUACAGAUUCCCACUUUCCCACUGUCGUCACCGCUGUAUAACACACACAGAAAGCACUUUUAAGGAGGCAAACACGUUUGCUUUUAGAGCAGAAAACUUCCCUCUCAUUUUUUAUUGAUUGGUUGGACUGUUUAUGUUUGAAUCUGACUGCAGCCUGGUCUUUGUUUUUUUUCCUCUCUCUUUUUCAUCAGAGUACUCAGUUAUCAAAAUCUACUGCAAUACCUACAAUUUGCUCACAGUGUCGCUAUCCACUAGCUUUACGCGAUUGUGUUUCAUUGUGUGGUCCUACGCGCUGACACAUUUCCACAUCACGGUAGAUUGUUCGUCGGUAAAAGCGGCGACAUCACAGCAUUUCUAAGUGGACACUGCCUUGUUGUCUGAAGAGUAUUCCCGUUGACUGGAUACAUUUAUUUUCCGAGUCUUGGUUGUGGCGGAUUCGGCGCUGGUCUUGCAGGAAAAUGGGAAACAAAGCUUUUUCAGCGCUCGGCCUGGUUACCUCGUUUGCGGUGUUUCUUCUGGCGCUGCACACCGCCUGUGGAGAUGUAUCUUACUCGUUUCCAGAGGAGAUGAAACGAGGCUCAGUUGUUGGAAAUAUAGCGAAAGAUAUAGGAAUUGAGGUGGGCAAACUGGCUGCUCGGAAGGCACGUAUUGAUGCAGAUGGAAACAGCAAACGGUAUUGUGACAUCAAUCUGAGUACUGGGGAUAUCGUGGUCGCUGAUAGGAUUGACAGAGAGGGCCUUUGUGGCAAAAAGGCAUCUUGCGUUUUAAAAGAGGAACUUGUUCUGGAGAACCCCUUAGAGCUGCACCGCAUUAAUGUUCACGUUCAAGAUAUCAACGACAAUUCACCACAGUUUAAAAAGAAUACAAUCAAAUUUGAAAUUAGGGAAUCGGCAGCGAAAGGAAGUCGCUACCGUCUGGAUGAGGCCCACGAUGCAGACAUCGGUCAAAACGCCAUCCAAGGCUAUAGUAUCGAGGCAAAUGAAAACUUCAGAUUGAACGUUAUUGCAAAAAGAGGAGGAGGCAAAUACAGCGAGUUAGUUUUAGAGAAGGAGCUGGAUAGAGAACAACAACAGGAGCUAACGAUUGUGCUUGUGGCCACAGACGGAGGCGCACCUCAGAGAUCAGGUACUGCAGUCAUUCAAGUUACUGUGCUGGAUGCUAAUGAUAACGCCCCAGUGUUCAGCCAGGCCGUUUAUAAAGCCAGUCUGCCUGAAAACUCUCCUGUAGAUACUGUAGUGGCUACAGUUAGUGCGACUGAUGCAGACGAGGGAAUUAAUGGAGACGUGAUGUAUGAGUUUGAUCAUAUUUCAGAUGAAAGUAAUAACGUGUUUUCCCUUGACCAGAAAACUGGUGAAGUGAAAGUAGUUGGAUUAAUAGAUUAUGAGGAGUUGUCCAGCUAUGAAAUGCAAAUUACAGCCAAAGAUGGUCUUGGACUAGUGUCGUCCUCUACGUUAAUAAUUGAAAUCACAGAUGUGAAUGAUAACGCCCCUCUCACUUUCAUUAAGUCACUCACAAAUCCCAUACCUGAGAACGUGUCACCUGGUACAGAGGUGGGCAUCAUUAACGUGCAGGACAGAGACUCUGAGACCAACGGACAGGUCCGCUGCUCCAUUCAGCAAGACGUCCCUUUUAAGUUGGUUCCUUCCAUUAAAAACUAUUAUUCUUUGGUGAGCACAGGACAGCUGGACCGUGAAGUGGUGUCUGAUUACAACAUUACAAUCAGUGCCACUGACGAGGGCUCUCCACCUCUGUCCUCGUCUAAAACUGUUCAGUUAUCUGUAGCAGACAUCAACGACAACCCACCUGUGUUUGAGGAGCAGUCGUACAGCGCAUAUGUGAGUGAAAAUAACAAACCUGGCUCCACUUUAUGUUCCGUGAGUGCUCGAGACCCCGACUGGAGACAGAACGGUACAGUGAUUUAUUCUCUGUUGGCCGGUGAGGUGAACGGUGCCCCGUUGUCCUCCUACGUGUCUGUGAACGGAGACACGGGGGUGAUCCACGCUGUGAGGUCGUUUGAUUAUGAGCAGUUGAGGAGUUUUAAAGUCCACGUGAUGUCCCGAGACAACGGUUCUCCUCCUCUGAGCAGCAACGUGACCGUCAGUGUGUUCAUAUCGGAUGUGAAUGACAACUGUCCUCAGAUCCUGUACCCCGCCCCGGAGGGCAACUCGUUCAUGACGGAGCUGGUCCCCAAAGCUGCCCACGGAGGCUCUGUGGUGUCCAAAGUAAUCGCGGUGGACGCGGACUCCGGCCAGAACGCCUGGCUGUCCUAUCAUAUCGUGAAGUCCACUGAUCCGGGACUUUUCACUAUUGGUGUCCACAGCGGAGAGAUCAGGACACAGCGGGACAUUUCUGAAUCUGACAGCAUGAAACAGAACCUUAUUGUGGCAGUGAAAGAUAACGGCCAGCCCUCUCUGUCUGCCACCUGUUCCAUGUAUUUACUGAUUUCUGACAACUUGGCUGAGGUGCCCGAACUGAAGGAUAUUUCUUACGAGGAGAAGAAUUCCAAACUGACGUCUUACCUCAUUAUCGCUCUGGUGUGUGUGUCCACGUUUUUUCUGACAUUCAUCAUCAUCAUCCUGGGUGUGAGGUUUUGUCGCAGGAGAAAGCCCAGACUGUUGUUUGAUGGAGCAGUCGCCAUCCCCGGCGCUUAUCUCCCUCCUAAUUACGCAGAUGUUGACGGCACAGGAACUUUGCGCAGCGCUUACAAUUAUGACGCAUAUCUGACGACAGGAUCAAGAACCAGUGACUUUAAGUUUGUGACGUCUUACAAUGACAACACGCUGCCUGCUGAGCAGACUCUGAGGAAAAGUCCAAGUGACUUUGCAGAAGUGUUUGGAGAUUGUGACGGCUCUCCUGAGGUAGGAAACAUGUCACACAUCGUUAGCUAAUUCAAAGACAGUUCUGGUCUUUUUUACGCAAAGAUCUUAGUGAAACAGACAGUUGAGGUGAAGUUACACAUUUUACUUUAAACGUUACUACAAGCGUCAGUGUGUAGUUCUUAGAGUCACUUGUUUGUAAAAAACACAUUGGGUGAUUAUGCAUGAAAUACUUCAUUUUACGGAUAUCUCAACUUAUUUUGUCAUUUGACUCGAGGAUGUUGAU